CCGCCCCCUUCUUAGCUCCAUGUUCAGCGGUCGGGUUCCUAUCCAGCGACUCUUCUGUUCCGCAGUCAUGGGCUCAACAAAGGUGCUCCGAGAGCCAGUGGAGAUCUCUCAGCUGUACCGGGAUCAGUGCCGUUUCCCCGGCUUGUGUCGUGCUGAUGUGGGUCCGGUGAUCACCUCACGAUACGGCGGACAGUACAGCAACAUCUACACAGAGUGGACUCAGCGGGAUCUGGAGAGGAACGAGAGUGUGAAGUUUUGUCGGCAGUACAUUGUGUUUCAUGAUGACAAAUCAGUGGUUUAUUCCGGACCCUCAGGAAACUGCACUGAGAUCAAGGGAGAGCUGCUCAGUGUGGAUUCUCCAUCCGGUGAAAUGAAGGCUGUGCUGAGAGAAAACACCAUUAAAGGAGAAGAAAAGCAGUUCCUGGAGAUCUGGCACAAGAACAGGAAACUGAAGUGCCUUAAUCUGACCACCCUCAACAAACACGGCAAAGUCUAUGAAGACGAUCAGUUUGGCUGUUUGGUCUGGUCUCAUUCGGAGACGCACCUCCUCUACAUUGCGGAGAAGAAACGGCCGAAGACUGAAUCCUACUUCCAGCAGGGGCCGGAGACCAGCCUGACCCCCGAUGAAGAGGAGCCCAUCAAGACUGACAAGAAGGAGGAAACCGUCCCGGGUCAUCAGUUUGAGUAUUAUGAGGACUGGGGUGAAGCUCUGGUCAGUAAGAGCAGUCCAGUGCUGUGUGUUCUGGACAUCGAGGGCAGCAACAUCUCUGUGCUGGAGGGAAUCCCGUCCGCCGUCUCUCCCGGACAGGCGUUCUGGGCUCCUGCUGACACCGGUUUGGUGUUUGUGGGCUGGUUUCACGAGCCCUUCAGACUCGGCCUCAAAUACUGCGCCAACAGAAGGUCGUCUCUGUUUUAUGUGGACCUGGCCAGCGGGAAAUGCGAUCAGCUCUCCAGUGACUCCAGCUCUGUCUGUUCUCCUCGUCUGAGUCCUGAUCACUGCAGGAUUGUGUAUCUGGAGUCGGGCAUCUACGGUCCACAUCUACAGUGCAGCCGACUCUGCAUGUUUGACUGGUACACCAAAAAGACCAGCGUUGUGGUUGAAGUGGUGCAGAGACCCAAAGACGAUGGUUUCACUGGGAUCUACAGCUCUCUGCUGUCUCCUCGCUGCUGGUCUGCUGAUAGUGAGCGUGUGCUGUUCUGCAGCGCUCAGAGGAGCAGGAAGGAUCUGUUUGUUGUUGACACCUCGAGCCGUGAAGUCACGUGCCUCACCUCUCAAUCUCAGGAGGGGAGCUGGAGUCUGUUGAACAUCCACAGAGAUCUGAUGGUCAUCAGCUGCUCUUCACCAAACUCUCCUCCAGACCUGCGGGUUGGUUUUCUGCCAGCGAAAGGCUCUGAAAGCAAGAUUUCCUGGGUCACAUUAGAGGAAGCUCAACCUCAGAGCGACAUCAGCUGGCAGACGCUCAACUUCAGCCCACCGCCCGAGCAGGACAACAAACAAUACUCGGGUUUGGACUUUGAUGGUGUUCUGCUGAAGCCAAAGGACACACCAGCUGACAGCAAACUACCUCUCAUCGUCAUGCCACACGGCGGGCCUCACUCGGUGCUGGUGUCGGAGUGGAUCUUGUCGACUGCAGUUCUGUGUAAGAUGGGCUUCAGUGUUCUGCUGGUGAACUACAGAGGCUCGCUUGGCUUUGGUCAGGAUAAUAUCUUCUCCUUACCAGGAAACAUCGGCACUCAGGAUGUAAAAGACGUGCAGUUUGCGGUGGACAGUGUUUUGAAGCGAGGCGGCUUUGAUGAGCAGAAGGUGGCUGUGAUUGGAGGAUCUCACGGUGGAUUUCUGGCUUGUCAUCUGAUUGGACAAUAUCCCGGGUUUUAUAAGGCGUGUGUGGCACGAAAUCCAGUCACCAAUCUGGCAUCCAUGGUCGGCACCACGGACAUCCCAGACUGGUGUAUGGUGGAAGCUGGAUAUGACUAUAAACCAGACAUUCAACUUGAACCUGCAGUUCUGGAGCAGAUGCUGAUCAAGUCACCCAUAAAACACGUUGCCAAGGUGAAGACUCCGGUGCUUCUGCUGCUGGGUGAAGAUGACAAGCGAGUCCCUAAUAAACAGGGCAUUGAAUAUUACAGAGCUCUGAAGAGUCUGCAGGUCCCUGUAAGAGUGUUGUGGUACCCAGGCAAUAAUCACUCGCUGUCCAAAGUGGACGCAGAAUCAGACGGGUUCAUGAACGGCGCUCUGUGGAUGAUCCAGCACCUUUCUCUGUGACAUCACUUCCUCUAACCAGCGCUUAACCAAGUGAUUUUUAGCUUCUCUUUUUUAUUGAUUAAUAACUGCAUCUGUGCUUCAGAAUCUGUGUUGAACAGAAGCAGAAACACUGGAGGAUUUUCAGAGCUUCAUGUGUUGUACAUGAUGAAAUGCAGUCUGUUUUAAAGUUCAUCUACAGUAAAAGACAGCAGAAAUCAGAAGCAGAAACAUGUUUGAGUUCUGUCACUGCUUUCUGUUAUUAAUGCUUUCGUUUUUAGGGGAACACUUGACUUGAAGUGGUGUCAUUAAUCCUUUAUAAUCAUGUUAUGACGUGUUAUAAAUGUGAAUGAGAUUUCAUGCACGCUUAUGACUUAUGAAGUGUCAUUUGCUCAGCAAUGGUAUUUUAAAUGCAAAGAUGACAUUGGUUGUUAUGACAACUUGACAUAAACAAAUACAUCACAACCUGUUUUGUCUUUGUCAUGACAACUUGAUGUUACCAAGACAACAAAACCUGUCAUAAAUCCGUCAUAAACAUGACUACCAUGAGGCAUUAUAAAUAUGUCUUGAAUUUUAUAACAUUAAUAUUUUUCUUGACCUCAACUACUGUGGCACAAGCUGAAUUUGUCAUUAAAAUGUCAUUUAAUAUCAUUUGACAGUCAUGAGACUUUUAAUAAGACAUUUUAUUGUCUCAUUACAGUUAUAAGGCCUCAUGACAAUCAUGUUUAUGACGGAUUUAUGACGAGUUUUGUUGUCUUGGUAACAUCAAGUUGUCAUAACAAAGUCGAAGACAGGUUGUGAUGUCAGGUUGUCAUAACGAACCAAGUCAUCUUUGCCCUUAAAAUGACACAAUUGAGCGAAUGACACUUAAUAACGGGGGUCAUAACUCAUUCACAUUCAUGACAUCUGUCAUAACAUAAUUAUAUGGUGUCAUGACGAUCUUAUAAACCCAUUUCAGUAAAGUGUUAGCGGUUUCAGUUAUUGGUGAGUUAUAUUUGUGCCAUGGUGUUGACUGGUCCUGAUGGUGCUCGGGUUUGUGUAUUGGGGUUAUUCUCUGAGAUGUGGACUACUGUAAGUAAAUUUCUGCAUUGUUUCCAAUAAAAUCUUCGGACUUUCUGUAA